GCCGCCGGUCACGUGGGGCGCGCCUCACUUCCGGUUCUUCCUCUUGGCUUCCGUCUUGCUCCCCGCGUGUGUGCGUGCCCGGUGCCGCCGCUCUCUGGAGGCCUUUAAACCCGCAGUGCUCCCCACACACACCCGCCUGCCGGCUGCAGAAGAUGAAAGAAAGUAUCAUGAAUCAAGAAAAGUUAGCAAAGCUUCAAGCACAAGUCCGCAUUGGUGGAAAGGGAACAGCCCGCAGAAAGAAGAAGGUCGUCCACAGAACAGCUACUGCUGAUGACAAAAAACUACAGUUCUCACUGAAGAAGCUGGGUGUGAAUAACAUCUCUGGCAUUGAAGAAGUAAACAUGUUUACAAACCAAGGAACAGUUAUCCACUUCAAUAAUCCUAAAGUUCAGGCUUCCUUAGCUGCCAACACCUUCACCAUUACAGGUCAUGCUGAGACCAAGCAGCUCACAGAGAUGUUACCUAGCAUCCUGAACCAGCUUGGAGCAGAUAGCCUCACCAGCCUGCGGAGACUUGCGGAGGCCUUGCCAAAACAAUCUGUGGACGGAAAAGCACCACUUGCUACUGGGGAGGAAGAGGAGGAUGAUGAAGUUCCAGAACUGGUUGAGAACUUUGACGAAGCUUCUAAGAACGAAUCUGUCUAAACUGAAAACCACUGAGGAACUUGACUCUGAACAGAUGGACAGAGCUGCUAUUUUAUAGUGUCACUUGCCUAUUUGUGUUAAUAAUUGUUUUUUUUUCCCCCCUGUUUCCACUUAAUGAGAUUAAAGAUGGGUUCAUUGAAAAAUGUUCAAUAUGUAGCAGCUCUGCUUCAGUACCUGCUCUCAUGCAGACCCUGCUUUUACAGCCUUGUUUAACUGAACACGUCUGGAAAUAAAGAUUAUUCCACAAUAAA